AUGAUCAACGAAAUAUCAACAGAAUUAAAUAAACAAAAUCCUCUAAACGAUGAAAAAGAAGAAUUAAAAGAUAAUUUUGAACAGAGAACAGUACCGAGUCUUGCUGAUGUACAGUCAUUUUGUGGAGAAUUUCAUGUUAAAGUUGACAAUGCAGUCGGUAUACGUCCAUGGUUACAAUUUAGUGACACUAAUUUUCCGGAAAAAAUUUUAAAACAAUUUGAAGAAAAUGAAUUUGAUAUACCAACUCCUAUUCAGUCUAUAGCUUGGCCUAUUCUUAGUCAAAAUCGAGAUCUUGUCGGCAUAGCAAAUUCGGGAAGUGGAAAAACACUUGCCUUUAUUCUUCCUCUUAUCUUUCAUAUUCGCAAACAAUUGAAUGAUAAUUCUAUAGCUAUUAUUUUAACAUCCACUCGUGAAUCAGUACAAUAUAUAUAUACUAUUGCUCAGCCGUAUUUUAAUUUAUUUGGAAUUAAAUCAAUUUGUAUUAUAAAUGGAGAUGAACAUGAAAAACAAAUAAAUGAAAUUCGUGAUGAAAAAAAUGUUUAUAUAUGUUUACCAAAUCGAUUAAAUGAUAUUUUAGAACAACAAUUAAUAAAUCUUCAUCAUGUUACAUUUAUUGUACUUGAUGAUACUGAUAAAAUGAUUGAUUUAGGUUUUGAAACACAAAUUAGAAAAUUUCUUGAUAAUUUUAAAUCGAUUAAUAGCGAUGAAAAACAACAACAAGUUCAAAUGUCAAUAUUUUCAGCUACAUCACAAAAAUUCAUAAAAUCUUUAGCUGAUAAUUAUUUAACAAAUUAUGUUCAUGCUAGUGUUGGUUAUUUAUCUGAACCUAAUUCUUCUGUAUAUUUAAAUUGUCAACAAAUAGUUGAUUUUUGUCCAACGGAACAAUACAAAAAACAAAAUCUUUUUCGAGUUCUUGAUGAUGUUUGUGCUUAUGCACCUUUAAGAAAAACUAUUAUAUUUGUUCGUACACGUGAUAAAGUUAAUCGUUUAAAUAUAGAUCUUGAACAAAAUGGAUAUAAAGCUUUACUUUUACAUGGUUCAAUAAAUCAACAAACGAGAAAUGAAAUUCUUAAAGAAUUUCGUGAAAAUGCAAAUGUACUUUUACUUGCAACAGAUGUUGCUUCAAGAAGUUUCGAUGUUGAUGAUGUACGAUUUGUAAUUAAUUAUGAUUAUCCAACAUCAGAUGCUGUUUAUAAACAUAGAAUUACACGAAUAGCUUCAUGUAGUAUAGCAUUUACAUUUUUUUCAAAUGAAGAUGCUAAAUAUGCACCAGCACUUGUUCAUAUUUUGGAUGAUGCUGGUGCUAUGGUACAUCCGAUAAUACUUCAACUUGGACGAAAACAUGGUUUUAAUAAAUGGGUAGCUAAUGUAGGAAUACCUGAAUAUCCGGUUUUUAAUAAUUAUGACAAUUUUGAUGGUGAUGGUCCAGAAAAUUGGAUAAAUAAUAUUGAAGAUUUACCACCGAAUUUAAUGACUAUAGAUUUAAGUUCAUUUGAUCCUAGCCACUUACGUCCACCACCAUUUCCACUUUUAAAUUCGAAUGGAACACCUAAUGAACUUGAUGUAAAUACUCGAAUGAAAAAUUUUCAAGACUAUAAACAACGUUAUCAAAUGAUGGAACGUUUAUCAUGGAAUGAUAAUCAGAAUGAUAAUAAUUGGAAUAAUGGUGAUUGGGCAAAUCCCGAUAAUGAAAAUCAAAAUCAAAAUCAAAAUAAUAACCCUGAAUUAUCUCAAAAACAAGCAUCUUUACCUAAUGAUAAUACUCAAUGGAAACCUCCACAAACAUCAGAUUCCGAAACGAAUCCAGCUAUUAUUUAUGCUAAAGCAAGUAGUGAAUAUCACAUAGAAUAUAAUCAAUAUACAACUGCAUUACAACAAGCUAUGCUUGCACAACAAUCAGGUGCACAAAUAACACCAGAACAACAACAGUAUUUAAUUGCAUUUCAACAAAAAUUACAAGCUAAACAACAACAACUUCAAAUAAUGCAACAAGCAGCUGCUCUAACAGCUUCAACACAAAAUGUUUGGAAUCAACAACAACAAACAAAUUUAAAACCACAAACAACCAAUGAUUUAUCUAAAACAGUUACUGAUGCUCAACAAGCAUGGAUGCAACAAUGGAUGAAUGCUGGUUAUGAUGUAUCACAAAUUGCUGCAUAUCAUCAAUGGUAUGCACAAAUGCAAGUAGCUGCAUCAUUAGCCGCAUCGGCAGCUAUUUCUCAAUCACAAAUUCCAACGACUACUACUUACAAUGGAGCACCUAAUAAUACUAAUCAACAAUCGACAGUGACUAUAUCAGCACCUCCGACGGUUUCAUCAUCAACAGCAAGUGCAGCACAACGUGCUUAUGCUGCAUAUAGCAAUCGAACAUCAACAUCAUAA